ACAUCAAGUGAAAAGUUCUGCUUAUUUUAACAUUUUAACAGUGCAGGGCUGUUUAUUGGUGCUUAAGAGAAGAUUUGUUGUUUUAUUUUACAGCUAAAUCUUGAGGAGUUUUCUGACCAGAUGAAGAUGAUCUCCUCCUCUUCCUCUCUCAGGAUGAAGAUGAUGUCCAGCAUCCUGCUGCUCCUCAUCCUCAGCUCAUGUCUCUGUGCAGCAACAUUUGUAGUGAAUGUGACACAGAGCAACUAUCAGGCAGAGGAGAAGCAGAACAUCACUCUGGAGUGGACCUUCACCACCAAGACUCAGGGAACCUGGAAGAAUCUGUUCAUCUACUGCAGCUUAUUGAGACCUGAUAAAGAACGAGUUCUCUAUCGGGUCCAUAAUGGAGUUGAGAUUCCAGAGUCUCAGGAUGAUCAGUUUUCAGGACGAAUCCAGAGCAACAAAGACGUCCUCAGAGAAGGACGAAUCAGACUCCAUGUGUCCAGACUGAGGACUGAAGACUCUGGUCUGUAUCAGUGUGGAGUGAGAACUGAAGAUGGAGUCAACUAUGCAGAAUGUCGACUCAAAGUCUUUGUUCCAGUGAAGGUUGUUGGUCAUGAUCCGAUACAUGCAAAGGUUGGAGACGACGUUAUUCUGCCAUGUCAUCUGGAGCCUCCAUUUGAUGUGAACAAACUUGCAAUCGAAUGGAGAUUCAAGAGUCAAAUAAUACAUGUACAACGCAGCCGAGCUAAAGAUAAUGAAGCUUCAGACCAAGAGUACAUUAACCGAACCUCCAUGUUCCCUGAUGAGUUUAAAAAAGGCAACAUUUCCUCAAAUUGA